UUUAUGCAGGCAGGCUGACGAAGAAUACCAGAUCCUGGCAAACUCCUGGCGAUACUCAAGCGCAUUCACCAACAGGAUCUUCUUUGCCAUGGUUGAUUUCGACGAAGGGUCUGACGUCUUUCAGAUGCUUAACAUGAACUCGGCUCCAACGUUCAUUAACUUCCCGCCGAAAGGCAAACCAAAAAGAGGGGACACGUAUGAGCUACAAGUGCGUGGCUUUGCUGCUGAGCAAAUUGCCCGCUGGGUGGCCGAUCGGACCGACGUCCAUAUCCGGGUGAUAAGGCCUCCGAACUAUGCUGGACCCUUGAUGCUGGGACUGCUGCUGGCGGUCAUUGGUGGCCUUGUGUAUUUGAGGAGAAGCAACCUGGAUUUUCUGUAUAACAAGACAGGCUGGGCAUUUGCUGCUUUGUGCUUUGUUCUCGCCAUGACUUCGGGGCAAAUGUGGAACCACAUUCGAGGGCCGCCAUAUGCUCACAAGAAUCCUCACACUGGUCAAGUGAACUAUAUCCAUGGAAGCAGUCAAGCUCAGUUUGUUGCCGAGACACACAUUGUUCUCUUAUUCAAUGCAGGUGUAACUCUGGGGAUGGUGCUCUUACAUGAAGCAGCGACUUCGGACUUGGAAGUGGGGAAGAGGAAAAUAAUAUGUAUGGCUGGGAUCGGUCUAGUUGUGGUCUUCUUCAGCUGGCUGCUGUCCAUAUUUAGAUCGAAAUACCAUGGCUAUCCAUACAGCUUCCUCAUAAGUUAAGGAACGUUGGAGCUGCGCCCUUCCCAUGGUGUGGAACAGAGGCAUUCAUUUCUUUUACCAUGAACAAGAAUGAUGUGCCAUUGGAGGCAUUCCCCCUCCUCUUCCUCUGCCCCAGAAGAUCCUUUGCUUGGUUUUCAGACGCCAGCCCACAUGUGUUUGGGAGCUGGAUUAAGGGGGAACUCCAGCUGCCUGGCUUCAUAGUAUUGUCUCCUUCAGUGUGGGCCAAAGACUGGAUGGGACACUCUUGUAUAGAUGACAGGUGGGCCACCUAUAAUCCUUUCUAUGCAGGGUUGCAGCUCCCACGAUCCUUCACUAUUCUGCUUGUGUCUAAUGGGACUUGCAGUCCAGCAACAUCUGGAGACACAGUGGAAGCAAACUAAACUGGUUCUCUUUGGGGCUGGCGGAGGGAGCCAGGGAAAUACUGCUUCUCAUUAAUGAGAGGUAACUACUAUUUUCCCUGGCUAAGUAGUUUUCUCUUAUGCAAGUUUGCGCUAUGUAAUUACAUUUCAAGUGCCUUAACACCGCUAGUCUGUUUUUCUGGAACUGGUUCCACAGAUUUUAAAAAAUGCAUUUUAUACAACUGGGAGCAUCCGGUUGUAGUAGCAUGGAUACUGAAACGACUGCUGUGGAUUUUGACAAGUUUCAAUAAAUACUUUACAAAUACAA